GCCAGUUUGUUCGGAUGACAGUGAGAAGCGAUACGUACAUUUUGUAAUUGCAAACACAGUGUAAUGGGUGGCCUUUGUUUGUUUGUAUUGCUUUGUUUAUUUGGAUUUUCGUCACAGAAGUCUACACCCAGUGAUGCCAGCUACGUAGCGGCGGUUGUAGAGUACGAGGUGCGAGCAGACGCCGCCGUCAACUUGCAAAAUUAUGUCAAAUUUAUACAAGAUGCUGCUCAACAGAAUGCCGAUAUCGUGGUGUUUCCUGAGAUGACAUUGACUGUGCGCAACCAUGUAGAGGUUCCUAUAAACGGCACUCUGAAGGACUUCCCCGUACCAGCGUCGCAUCCACAACUUUAUGACGAGGUUCUCGUCACCUUAUCAUUAGCGGCAAAGGAAAACGAAAUAUACGUGGUAGUUAAUUUGGAGGAGUCAGUCGAUUGCAGUACCGGCGACGUCGUUGGAGAGACCUGCCCGGAGCAAAAGCUCUACCUCUUCAACACCAAUGUGGUGUUUGACAGGAGUGGUGCGGUCAUAGAUAGGUACCGCAAAAUCAAUCUGUUUGGAGAGUACACGCGAACUCCUGCUUUAUCUUCGGAUUUAGGCAUUUUUGAAACGGACUUCGGCGUUACCUUCGGACACUUCAUCUGUUUCGACCUGAUGUUCCAAGUGCCAGCUAUUCAAAUAGUUCAGAAGCAUAAGAUUACUGAUAUUGUUUUUACCACCAUGUGGUUCUCUGAAUUACCAUAUUUGACUGCGGUUCAGAUUCAAGAAGCUUACGCCUAUUCUAUGGAUGUGAAUUUCUUGGGAGCUGGAGCUAACAAUGUUCAAGUAGGAAGUGCAGGUUCAGGUAUUUAUUCCGGCAAGGCUGGAGCAUUAGUAAGCAUAAUGCCAGGCGUCCCUACAACUAGACUGCUCGUCGCGAGGGUGCCUAAGGUACCUGGACAGGUAGAUGGCACUGGCAUCGCACCGCCGGGUCCUAUUUACAACGAUCCUACUGAACAAGAUAAUCUAUACCUCCUGACCGAUUCAUCGCUACCUGACCACACUACCAGGCUGUUGACACCAGGAAGUAAUAAUUUUCUCCUCCACGACACUAACUUAACAUGCGUUUUUUCGUUAGUAAUGGAAGAGGGAACUGGAGAAAAUGCACCCUUCUAUAGAGCCUUUGCUCACGACGGUGCUAACCUGUACUCUAAACGCGACGUAGGCACUGUGGGCUGUUUGGUAGCUGCUUGUAAAACAGACGAUCUCAAGAGUUGCGUUUACAGGCCCAAAGAAGACACUGUCAAAAUACAAGAACUUGAAGUUAAAAUGAUAUAUCGUCGACAAUAUAAUAAUACUUUAAAAUGCAACGAUAUUGAAUAUUUUCCUAUUUCAAUCAAAAAGAAUAUGUUUCCACUCGAACCUUCAAACUUCACGUACGAAGAGGAUCAGAUACAGAAUGGGGAUUAUGAAGAUCAGUUAAAUAAACUAAAUCAAGACGGACGCGUUCAAAUAACAAACAAAAUCAAUUUACCCCAAACAGAACUUAUUUCUUUCGGUAUUUGGGGUCGAGUAUUCCAGAGAGAUGGAGUUAUAUUGAAAAACUUCACCGAAGAUGAUGUUAAAAGAUACAUUGAAAUAGAAAAUGUUAUAUACGACAAAGCAAAAGAUCGAAGUUUCCUAAAAGAUGAUGAAUUAUAAAUAAUACUUAGGGGAAGUCCGGGAGACUUGACCCCCUUUUUACUUAAACGUAUUUAAAAUUGGAUGUGUAAGUGGUAGCAGCUCGAUUUUUUGCAAGUAGAGCAUAUGCCUAAAUAGGUAUCGUUAUACAUUAAUAGAAUGGCAGUAUGAUAAAUAUAUUGGGUGCUGAAUUACUUUUUAAAAAAAAUGAGAUGUGGCUCAUGUCUCCCCAGCCCCUGGGAGAGUUGAUCAGGGGAUGUAUGAAUUAAUUGAUAUACUAUGAUAUACAUAUUGACUAUGAUUAUCUGGAAUAAUAAUAAUAAUACUUACUAUAUUAUUUUUUUCAUAAUGAUUAAGUACAUUUGUUAUACUCAUACUUUUAAGAAAUAAAAUUUUAAGCUAAGCCUGUUUAUAAUUUAAAGUAAUUAAUGAUAACCUACAGGGUACUUUCCGUAAACAGAGAAUUUUAAAAUUUGUUACGAAGCAACGUCUUUAUACGAGUAGGACAAAUAAAAGAACAAUUGCGAAAACAAAAAAUUUUUAGUCAAAUCAUAUUAAAAAAAAUAAACUUUUCUCUUUUCCUCAUCAUCGCGUAGAGAUAUUAAAUAGAAAUUCAUACUCGCACCAAAUCUUUAAUACCUUUAUGCUGUAAUAAAAUUAAACUUCAUUGUGGAACUUCAGAUAUUUGGUGGAACUAUCCCACAAACAAAUGGGAGCAAUAUUUCAUAAACGAUCUAACUUGAGCUUGAUCUGGGAAAUCACGUCCUCAGUAAUCAGACGCAUAUAACAACUUUCGUCGGAUACUUUUAGUUUAGUGUUUUUUUACCUUAAAUCUGCUGUGUUACUAGAACGUAAAACGUAUAAUUAAAACUUCAAUGUCAACGCAAUCAAAAGAAACAGCAAUUUAAGCCGCUUAGUUUGAAACUUCCGACUCGCAAAUAAAUCAAAAUCUACAAGGUACUUCUCGUGAACUCAGAAUCUUGUUAUUUGGUAAGAAGCAACGUCUUAUAACACAAAUAAAGGAAAAAUUGCGAAAUCUCUUUUACUCAUGCACGCGUACAGAUACAAGCAUUACAUAUUACAUAUAAUAUGAAUUCGUACUAAAUACUCAGGUUUUUAUUAUCUUCAGUCGUUUUCCGUAUUCGUUUUCCGUUGUUAAUUAGAUUUUGAUUUGGAAUUCCGAGAGACUACUUUUUUCCUCAAUCGGAAUGUAUAUUAUCGCAAAGGCUCGCACUCGUUACGUACGCGUGAAAUUUGUUUCGUUCGGAAAUAACCUAAGUGUGCGUCAGUUAAUGUAUUUUAUAUUGAUGUCAUGCACUCGGUCAAAAUUAGUGUAUGCGGCCGGCCCUAAGCGCCCAGGUUUAUACAGAACCCUCGGUGCGCGAGUCCGACUCGCACUUGACCUUUUUAAUGUUUUUGUAACUGUUCUAAAAGACAAGACAAGUGAAUUAUUUGAAGGAUUCCAUACCAAAAAAGAACCUUUCUAAGAUCAUUUAGUUUUCUGUCUGUCUGUCAAGACCCUUUAUUUCGGGAAUGCGUGGACAUAUCAAGUUGAAACCGUAUACUCAGAUCAACGGCUCCAUAAUGUUGUAAAUAAAGGAAACUUUUAAGUUUACGUGACAAAUGGCCUGUUUUUAACCGACUUACAAAAAAGAGGAGGUUCUACGUUUGACUAUUUACAAGUACAGAGCUGCAGCAUACAGUGGUGUGAGAUCUUAUAGCGGCGCGGCAACCGGUGCCGUGAAACUUUGUUCCGUAAUCGCCUGCACAAAUGAUACUCUGGAAUCCUGUGGUCAAAGGUUCUCCCAGUAUUCGACGAAAUCGGCUGCUGUCUUUAAAGAAAUGACUAUAAAUGUGUAUGUGCUUAAACCAAGUACAGAUACCGCUACGUCAGCGAUGAAUGUAGUGUAUUUUCCCGUCAGCUUGGACACAGGUCUCAUGCCGUUAAAACCUGAUUUUUACGAAUUUAGUGAAUUAGAAGUCCCUAGCGCUACACUAUACUCGUAUUACGGCUAUAGUUUGAAAAAUUACGACGGUGAACUAUACAGUUUUGCGGUGUGGGGAAGGGAAUACACUACCGAAGAAGAAUCUACAACAACAAGUACAACCACAACCACAACCACAACAACCCCUGAACCUGAUGUCACUCAAAAUCCUACCACUGAAAGCCCAGUCACUCAAGACACUACCACCAAAGACCCUGUCACUGAAGACCCUACCGUUGUAGAUCCUACCACAGAAGAUCCUGAUGGAGGUUCAUCCAAUGUACAUCGAAUUCAUUUAAUAUUGUUUUUCUCUUGUAUUCUAGCGUUGUUAAGACUUUAAGCUAUAACUUAAAAUGUUUACUAAAUAAGUAUAAACAGGUUUUUAUUGUUUUUGAUGAAUACAAGCUAAAAUAUU